ACUGCUUAACAUAUUUCAUUUUAACUUGGAUUUUGUUCAAACAUGAUGUGUCAACUUUAGGUUAUGUUCUCUCAGUUGUGCUGGCCAUCUGAUUCUCUUCUAACAUCCAGAAUGGCGAAGGGAAAGCCUAUGAGGAAGGGCAAGUCUGCCAUCAAUGAAGUCGUCACUAGAGACUACACCAUCCACAUGCACGCCAGACUUGCUGGCAGGCAAGGAACCAAAAAGCGAGCACCUCGUGCUGUGAAAGAAAUUAGGAAGUUUGCCUUCAAGGCUAUGGGCACCCCAGAUGUUAGGAUUGACACUAGGUUGAACAAACAUGUCUGGAUGAAAGGAAUCAAGGGUGUACCCAACAGAAUCCGAGUUCGCCUUUCCAGGAGGCGUAACGAAGAUGAAGAUUCACCUCAUAAAUUAUACACCUUAGUUCAAUGGGUCCCCGUCCGAACUUUCAAGAAACUGCAGACAGAAAACGUUGACACAAGCCAAGAAUAAUUGUAAGACCUCACUCUGUGACUUUUUUUUUACUUUUUUUUUUUUUAAAUUGAAUAAACUAUUUGUUAAUUUUAUCAUAAA